AUGUUGGCUUGAGACAGCAACGUGGAUCAAGUAGUCAGGUCACUGUGGCGUUUGCUGGCCGGGUGUGAGGGCGGCGGGGCACAGUCUCCGCGUGGUGGUGGCGGCGGUGCACGGGAUGAGGCAAUCACCGGUCGUGCGAGUGCAUGCAGACUGGAUGCUUUCCCGGUGCCACCAUACGGAAGGUGUCGUCACGAGGCGGACUCUCGCUGCUCCUGAACGUGACGCCUGGGAUCAAACACAAGAGUAACGGUGCACUUUCCUCAGGCCGGGCGGGACAACAGAACAGGACACCAGGAGCAGGACACACCGAGGCUAACAUGUACUUGGCUGCCGCAGCUCUAACAGUCCUCAUUAUUGUUACUGAUUUCGCGAGGGCCGGGGCAGGAUUACAGCUGUAUGAAGGGGAUGGGUGUCUGAACCGCUGCAUUUUCACCUCUUACUACAGUCCAGUCUGCGGCACCGACUACAUCACCUACCUUAACCCCUCCUCGCUGCGCUGCUGGAAGAGAUGCCACUACCCAGAGCUGGCCGUGGCUCACUUCUCCACCUGCAUUGACUGGAUCACGGGCCAGAACCAGACGUAGGACGACGCUGAUCCUGCCACUCUUCCCUCGACUCACCGGGACCACCAUGGCUUUGGGAUGACAGGUCGCCUCAUCACCGUGUCUUGAAAGGCGUGUUCUGUGUUCACCUACGUCCACUUUAGCGACUUAAUGGCAGCUUGCAUCAACAUUUUUUUUUUUUUGUGUGUGUGUGUAACCUCUUUGUUUCCGUCUAGUCUCUGAAGGUUCCUGCUUUUUCCUCCCUGGCACUGAUACCGAGUUUUUAUGUUCAGCAUCAAUUGGUGUGUUUUGAGGACCGCUGCGCUACACGUGGCGCUGAUAUUGAGUAUCUGCUGCAGGGAAAAAAUCUAAAUACACGUAUGUACAGUAGAUGGCAUGCUAAUAGAGAGAUAUAAAGACAGUUUAAGGUAAAGGUAAUGAAAUCUGGUCUAAUGUCAGUAAACAUUCGGCAGUGCAAAAGUUCAGCAUUUCAUGUUUAGAUGCAAUCAGUGUUCCACCUGUGCAAAGAGUUCAAUGGAUUGUUUUUUUUUAGAUGAUCUUAUUUAUCAUCUAUGAAGUAACUUGUCAAGAGAGAGAGAGAGAGAGAGAGAGAGAGAGAGAGAUUUUGUAUGCUUUGCAGCAUUAGUAAUAAUCUUAAAAUUCGAAAUUUGUGCAAGUUCGUAUAUAUAAUUUUAACAAUUUGUUUGCACCAUCUUCUUGAUACAAAAAAAAAAAAAAUAAAUAAAUGAAACUAAAAAAAUAAGUAAAAAUAAAAACUAAAUGAAGAAAGUUUGUCCACACUUUAUUGGGAAUAUUUGUCCUAUGUGAAGAGUACAGAGAUGUUAUGUGUUUUGAGAAUGAGCAGUAAUCACCGCCUCUGGAUGGUAAUGCAUGGCGACAAGCAUUAAGCAUUGCAGUGUGUGGAUCGGUAAAGCAAGGCUGAUGGACCAAUAAACAAUCAAGGGCGCACCCAUACACACAUUUUAUUUAGCCUGAGAAUUACGUAAAUAUACAUGUCUGAAAUCCCCUGGCUUGCUGUUUACGAGGUACGGAGAGGGAGGGGAAAUAGAAAGACUUGUGUAAUACUGUCAAAAUGAUGACGUCUGGCAGACCCGUCGAGGCGAGUAGCGGCCAGCAAGGGGAGGGGGGAGUCGAGUCAAAACUCAGUCAGUGUUGGUGGGAAGGUUGUACGGUGUGGGUGUGCGACGCUCCGCUUCUUUGGGCACAGCAUGCGUACCCUACUGCCCUUGCUGCCCCACGCCGGCAUCCUGCCACCCGCUGUGUGGUAGUCGCUAUUGCAGUGAACCCGUGACUUGCACUUCACGUAUAGUUGCAGUGAGUCAUGCCUACCGGCUGUGUGGAGUAUAGUAUUGAUUUGGUGCUUCCCGUGUUGAUUUGUGUCUAGGGCAGCUGAGUUAAACCCCGAGCAGGUGGUGAUGGUGGUGGAGGUGCUGCUCGAACACAUGCUCCUCUAAGGUGGCCAGGAACCACUCACAAACCAGUGCCGGGGAGCGGGAAGCCAUGGAGUUCGACCGUCAGUCCCUGGACGAGUGGGCUAAGGACAAGCCCCUCAGCAUCCUUCAGUUGGACCCGGCCGACCGUGCAGUUCUCAAAAUAGCAGGUGAGUGUUGGUAAUAGUCUUCCUGAGUCAUGAGUGCACUGGAAGGGAAGCAGACUGAGUGAGCAGUGACUGUACACCACCCCUUCACUCCCUCUAGUCUUCCACACCACAAGGUAAGUCAGGAGGUCCAUCAAAUCACCUCGUACUCUUCACAAUAGGGAAAUACUAAGACAAUACCCCACUGCUAUUAAACCUUCACGUCUCUAUAAUGUCAUUGCCGCGUGUUCUGCUCUUCUGGUGGCUUGGUUGUGAAUCGAUGUGUUUUGUAUGAAUGAAGGAUGGUUUGCUGAGGUUACGUUGCGGGACAAGGAAGAUGAAGGAAAGGAAUUUUUAAGGAACUGUAAGGAAAGAUUGGUUAGACUGGGAAGAGUGUGGAAAUAGUAGUAGUAGUGGAGGAAAGGGUUAUUUUUGUAGAUUAAUCAGAAAGGUGAGAUGAAGUGAAAGAAAAAGGAAGAUAUUUAGAGUAUUGAUAAAGGGAUUAAUGAGGAAAUAGUAGUGAAUGGAAGAAGACGAGAGAAAAAAAGAUGGAAGGAGAAUUAAGAAAAGAAAACUUAACUACUCGGAAAUUAGGAAGAGAAGAUGAAAUGAAGUAAAUAGAUGAGAGAUUUAUAGAAGAAUAUCUGAAAAAAAAAACAAAAGAACAGUGAAGGAAGAUGAAGAUGAAGUAAAGGAAGGAAGGAAGGAAGGAAG